AUGUCCCGGGCUCUCAAAGACUUCAAGGAUCUGAUGAUACGGGAAGGCCAAAUAAGCAAGCUGUGGAAGACACAUUCAGCUGGGACACGUAUCGCUCCCCCAAAGAGUGGGGAGAAGGAUAAAAAAUGGCAAUUGCGGUUGGAUGCUGGAGAGGUGAAGGACGGCAAGAAACGAAUCUACCUCCAGGUCAACUCUCAAGCUUCCAAUGAAACACUCCAGAAGUGGGUGAAGAAGAACACAAGCCAUGCCAAUUUAGCCUCUGGAGACAUCAAUAUCAAUGAGCCAGAGGAGAAAUUUUCAGAUGCUUUCGACGAAUUUUGGCAAGGUAUUGAAAAGCAAGCAAAGGAUAAUCUGGGUUAA